AUGAGGAUUAUUACAGCUACUAUUGCAAGAUGUCAACAGUGUCGAUGUAUUCCUGGAGAUCCAUGCUGGCCAUCAUUGUCAGAUUGGGCUGCUUUCAAUGAGACAGUGGAAGGGCGGCUAAUUACUACUAUACCCUUAGCUUCAUUAUGCCAUGAACCGUUCUACGAUGAAGUCAAAUGCACAACCCUAAAACAGGAUUGGCCAUAUGCUCAAACACAUAUUCCGUCUUCCUCGUCGGUGUUGGCUCCGCUAGCCCAGAACCAGAGCUGCGACCCUUUCACACCUCCAGAAUCAGCAUGUCGACUAGGCAAUUAUCCCGCCUAUGCCGUGAAUGCCUCAAACGCAGAUCAUGUUGCCGCUACAUUACGGUUUGCCCGCGAGCAGAACAUACGUCUCAUUAUUAAGAGCACUGGUCACGAUCUCCUUGGGAAGAGUAGUGGCGCUGGUUCCUUAUCUAUAUGGAUGCGCUCGUUCCAAAAUUUAACUAUUACCGAAAACUACUAUGGCAGUAACACUUACAAUGAGUAUCAUGGCCCCGCUAUUCAGAUUGAGCCUGGCGUGCUCACUUACCAAGCACUAGAGGCAGCCCAGAAAGCUGGGCUCCGCGUCGUGAGCGGUACUUGCACUACAGUCGCCAUAGGUGCCGGGUACGUCCAGGGAGGUGGCCACUCCAUCCUCAGUUCUAAAUACGGACUCGCCGCUGAUAAUGUUCUGGAGUGGGACGUAAUGACAGCAGAUGGCCAGCGAAUUACAGCCACCCCGUUUCUAAAUAGCGAUCUCUACUGGGCACUUAGUGGUGGUGGGCCAGGUGUUUUCGCCGUCGUCCUUAGUGUAACCGUCAAGGCUUUUCCAGACGGUACGGUUGUGGGCGCAGGUGUGACGUUCAAUUUAACAUCGGCGCCUAGUGAGGACGCUUUCUGGUCCGCAGUGGAAUCUUUACACGCCUCUAUGCCGGCGUGGCUUGAGCAGAACGCUACGGCAAGCUAUGUAAUCGCGGGUGGUAUACUUACAUUACAACCACUCACACUACCCGACGGAUCCGUUGAUAAAGCCCGCGACCUCAUUCAGCCUCUCCUAUCUAAUCUUACAUCACUCAAGAUCCCGUAUACAUACAACAUAACAUCCUUUCCCACUUUCCUUGACCUCUACACUACAUAUUAUGGACCACUACCAUAUGGGCCGUACGGUGCCUCCGAGGUCCAAGUCUCGCGGUUACUCCCAUACUCCAUUAUAACUGACAGUCAUAAGACGAAAACCCUAGUAGAUACACACCGCAAUAUCACCGCCUUGGAUAGCUCGUUUUGGAUUGUUGGGACAGCAUUGUCGCUCCCACAGAUACCGUCCGCCGCUCCUUCCAACGCAGUCUUGCCGGCGUGGCGCGACGCCGCAAUCCACCAGAUGAUAGUUUCUAUAUGGGACUGGGAAGUUCAAUGGCAGACAAACCUACAGAAGCAGAACAUUUUGGUCAACACAGUGCUUCCUACACUACGAGAUCUAUCGCCUGGGUCUGGAACAUAUAUGAAUGAGGGAAACUCCGACCAAGUAGAUUGGAAGGAAGCUUUCUACGGGGUAAACUAUAAGAGACUUGAGGAUAUCAAAGAAAAGUGGGAUCCCACUGAUGUAUUUUACGCUCAUACGGGUGUUGGGAGUAGUGAUUGGGGACUAGAUCACGAAGGAAGGCUAUGUACAAAAGGGAGGGACGCUUAG